AUGGCAAAGACCUUAAUGGCGACAACUCGUCCCUUCGUUCUUCUCUCCUCCACAAGAUCGAGCCUUCAUCAUCUCCUCUUUCAAUCCCCCAAAAGAUCCUUCGCUUCAUUUUUAUCAUCUUCUUCCGCGAGAACCACCAACUCGAGAUGCCUAAACGCCGUCGUUUUGUCUCGUGUAGAGACUGCGGCGUCGUCGUCGAUUUACGGCAAAGGAGUUUCUAGGGUUUCUGGGUUUGGUGUUUUGGACAUUCGUAGCCUCAAUUUCAGUACUAGAUCCUCUCAAAUCAACGAUGCUGGCUCUAUUGAUCAAACCCUUAUGCAAUCCAUGGAGCAAAAGAUCAAAGAACAAUUGAAUGCAGAGUCAGUUUCUGUGCAGGAUAUGUCUGGAGAUGGACGUCAUGUCUGCAUCAAUGUGGUAUCAUCGGCUUUUGAGGGACAAUCUGCAGUGAACAGACAAAGAAUGGUGUACAAAGCCAUUUGGGAAGAGCUUCAGAAUGUUGUUCAUGCCGUUGAUCAAAUGACAACAAAGACUCCUUCAGAAGUUUGA